AUGCAGCCCCUGGCACUGCUCGGGUGCCUUGUGGCUCUGAGCCACUGCGCUCUCGCGUCCAAAGUCUGUCCCAGGCCACCAGAAGUGCUGUUUGCCACACUUAACAUAGACAAAAAGGUGUAUGAAGUGGGUGAGGAAGUGGAGUACACCUGCCGGCCCGGGUUCAUGCCCAACAAUGGGCAGAGGAAGUACACCUGCCUCCCGACAGGCAAAUGGGCCUUCAACACCCUGCUCUGCCUCCCAAAGAGAUGCCCCCCUCCUCCACCCCUGAAGAAUGGGAAAAUGGAUUUUGAAGAGUUACAGUACCAGAGUACUGUAACUUUUUCAUGUGAUCCAGGCUACAACCUCGUUGGGUCAAGAACAAGCCAGUGCAUGUCAGAUGGAAAGUGGACUGGAACUCUUCCACAGUGUCAACCGGUGACUUGUGCACCUCCCUCGCUUCCGGAAUUUGGGGUUCUCUCUUACCGUCGCCUACAUCCUGGAAAUGUCUCUCAUUUCCUGGACACAAUCCUGUUUGAAUGUGUCCCUCCUCUCGCCCUGAUUGGGAAUGAGACAGCCACCUGCAUGGCCAAUGGCAACUGGAGCAGCAUUCCUGUGUGCAAGGUUGUCACCUGCCCCACUCCGAUAGGAAUAGAGAACGGGUUCAUCGAGUUUGCAGUGCGCAGGACGUACCACUACAACGAAAGCGUCAGCUUUGGCUGCCAGCCCGGCUACGUGAUGGAGGGAUCCAAGCAUUCCCGCUGUGAGAACACUGGGAACUGGUCCACAAAGCCAGCCUGCAGAGCACCAUGUAAAAUACCAGUUAAGAAAGCUGUAGUAAUGUACAACGGUGAGAAGAAGAGAGUUCAGAACGACCUGAAGGAUGGCAUUCUGCAUGGGGAAACUGUAUCCUUCUUCUGCAAGAACAAGGAAAAAUCCUGUGCCUACACUGUAGAUGUGGCAUGUGUGGAUGGCAACUUCACCCUCCCUGCCUGUUUUAAAGAACGUGGCUUUUUCACAACUCUGGUGAAGAAAGACCCCUCAGACAUGAAAGCAUGUGAAGAUAAAGCAGAGGAUUAA